AUGGACACACUCCAGCCCAGUCUCGACACCGCUUUUCGAAAACGGGUAGUUGCUCGCAAUCGACUACCUCUCCUAUGGGCGCUCUACGAGGUCUUCAAGUUUGACUUCUGGCUCGGUGCUGUCAGUCAAUUCGUCGUGUCGACUCUACAGGUGAUGACGCCUUUCACGCUGCGAUUCCUCAUUGAGUGGGUUCAACAUGCCUACCCCGACGGACACGACACACGCGGCUCCAAGCCAGUAGCAGUUGGCAUAGGAUAUGUCAUCGGUAUCGCAAUCUUGCAGAUGCUUCAGACUUUUGCCUCGAGUCAGUUUUACUAUCGGGGCAUGUUACUCGGUGGACAGACACGCAGCGCUUUGAUAGCCAUGGCGUUCAACAAGUCACUGAAACUGUCCAAUAGAGCCAAAGCUGGGGGCCAAGCAGGGAGUGAGGAUUCGGGUUCGGGUCCAUACGGCGAUGGUUCCUGUCGGGUAGAUGAGAAAGGCUGGUCUAACGGACGUGUGAUGAGCCUGGUCUCCAAUGACACCGCCCGCAUCGAGCAGGCGUUAGCAGCUUUCCACCUUUCCUGGCUAUCACUCUAUCAACUCAUUCUAACAGUUGCACUCUUGGUUUACAACCUGGGCUGGACAGCUCUACCAGGAGCAGCCACUCUCAUCUUUGGUCUCGCCGCAGUGACAUACGCGACGAGACCCCUGGUGGCAAGCCGGAAUCGCAUCAACAUAGUCACUGACCAGCGUGUCACACUUACGCAAGAGAUCCUCCAGAGUAUCCGGUUCGUAAAGUACUUUGGCUGGGAGGGAUUCUUUCAGAGUCGACUUGGAAACAUCAGAGCGUCUGAAACUCGAGCCUUGCGCAUCAUGCACCUGAUUCGGUGCGCCGUAGGAACCCUCGCUCAGUUUCUACCCGUCCUUGCCAUCAUGAUCACGUUCAUUGUCUACGCGGUUGUGAAUGGCAGUCUUGAUCCAGCGGUUGUCUUCUCAUCCCUAGCGAUGCUGUACCUACUGCGCGUCCCAACCAACUGGCUGCCCGUAUCCUUGAGUCUUGCUGCGGACGCAGUCCAAUCGAUCAAGAGGAUCGAGGGCUUUCUGCUUGCUGAGGAAGUACAAGCGCAUACAGUUCCAGACGUUACUCUUGCUCCAGCUGUCAAACUCAGCAAUGCGUCUUUCACGUGGGAGAUCCCACCAUCGAACGAGGAAGGUGAAUCAUCAAAGGAUAAAGAGAACAACAAUCGCCUGUCGAGGGCUUUGAGGAGACAACGAGCGGGGCACGAAAAGAAGGGGACCGACACUUCGGAUACAAAAGCCCGCCCAGUCCAGGAUAGCGACGAGCCGUUCUCGCUGAACGAUAUCUCCUUGGAAUGCCAGAGAGGCGAGCUGGUCGGCAUCAUCGGAAGCGUUGGAUCCGGAAAGACGUCUCUUCUUAGUGCUCUUGCGGGAGAUAUGAGACAGACCGGGGGCACUCUGCAGUUUGCCGCUGACAGGGCGUACUGCCCACAGUAUGCUUGGAUCCAAAACGCCAGCGUGCGAGACAACAUCACCUUCGGGAAGCCUUUCAACCAGAAGCUCUAUUCCGAAGUGGUACAUGCCUGCGCUUUAUUGCCUGACUUUGUACUCCUACCACAUGGCGAUAUGACUGAAAUUGGUGAACGAGGCGUCACUCUCUCGGGAGGGCAAAAGCAACGUAUCAACAUCGCCCGCGCGAUAUAUUCGGACGCUGGCAUCGUAAUACUUGACGAUCCGCUUUCAGCUGUUGAUGCGCAUGUAGGUACGCAUAUCUUUAACGAGGCCAUCUGCGGUUUGCUCAAGGACAAAUGCCGGUUCUUAGCAACACACCACCUGCAUCUACUGUCCCGGCUCGACAGGAUCAUUUGGAUGGUCGAUGGACGUAUCGAGGCGAUAGGUACUUAUGAGGAAUUGAUGAAGUCGCACCCUGCCUUCGCCAGCCUGGUUGCCGUCGGAGGACAUCAGCAAAAGGAGACCGAUAGCACUGAAAGCAAGAAGGGUGAUUCCGUCGGCCCCGAUAACAACACGACGAAAGCCGAGGUUUUGAUGCAGGAAGAGGCUAAGAUUGUCGAUAGUGUUCCCUUCUCUGUAUAUGUUUCGUGGUUGCGGGCUUCUGGCUCCCUAUGGAAUGGCCUUGCAAUGGUUGUUGGACAGCUCCUUUUCCGAGCCUCAAGUAUUUUGGGGGGCUUAUGGCUUUCAUGGUGGGUGGACAACAAGUACGGCCUCACCCGCGGUCAGAAUAUCGGUAUAUAUGCCGGCCUGAGUCUCGCUCAAUGCGUACUAGUGUUUUCGUCUUCUCUCAUCACCUGCUUGGUAUGUAUCAAGUCAAGUCAGGUUAUGUCGAACAAUGCGCUUUGGCAGACUCUCAGAGCCCCCAUGUCUUUUUUCGACACAACCCCUCUUGGCCGUAUCAUAUAUCGCUUCACAAGAGACAUUGAUGCACUGGACAACAACCUGGUCGUUGCUGUGCAGCAACUGCUAAUUAACGUAGCAGCACUUUUGGGCUCCUAUGUUCUCAUCGUUGCCUACUUCUACUAUUUUGCCAUCGCUCUAGUGUUUGGCGCGACGGCACUUUGGUGGUGUAUCUCCUACUACAGGAGCAGUGCACGAGAGCUGAGGCGACACCAACUGAUACUCGACGGUGUGGUUUUUGCUCGUCUAAAUGAAGCUCUUAUUGGAGCUGCCUGCAUUCGCGCCUAUGAUCGGGAGCUCCAGUUCGUCAAAUUGGUCCAUGAAGCCAUCGAUGACAUGGACAGUGCCAACUUUCUGACGUUCGCCAGCCACAAUUGGCUGUCUGUUCGGCUUGACAACAUCGGCAUCUUGUUGAACCUGGUCACUGGUAUUCUCGUGGUUACCAACGCACUACCAGUUGCUCUCAGUAUCUCGGGUCUGUUGCUGACUUACAGCAUGUCCAUGGUUGGCAUGAUGCAGGUCGUGGUGAAGUAUCUGAUCGAGGUCAACAACUCCAUGUCGAAUACAGAACGUCUGUUCCAGUACACAAAUUCUCUGCACCAGGAAGCCCCCCUCGACGGCGCCAGCGUGCGUCCUUCUUGGCCCGAGCACGGAGCCAUAGAAUACGAGGCUGUGCAGAUGCGCUAUCGCCCUGGUCUUCCGCUGGUGGUCGAUAACUUCUGCCUGAAAAUUGCUGGGGGUGAGAGACUCGGCAUCGUUGGCCGCACGGGUGCUGGUAAAAGCACCAUUCUAUCAACCCUCUUCAGGCUGACAGAGAUUUCUGGCGGGAGUAUUACCAUUGAUGGUAUCGACAUAGGCCAAAUUGGUCUUCACCGGCUCCGAAGCGCUUUGGCUAUUAUUCCACAAGAUCCCACUCUCUUCCAGGGCACUAUUCGCUCGAAUCUAGACCCUUUCAACAAGCACACAGAUACUGAACUAUGGCAUGCUCUCCGUGAGGCACAUCUUCUCCCAGGCAGCGAAAAGUCAUUCACCAUGCCCGAGGGAGACACCCAGACAAGCAGUGUUGUGGAGAGGGACGGUCCAGACAAUACUGACUCUGGGAAGCCUCGAGAGACGCGUGUGACACUUGACACGGCCGUGGAAACCGAAGGCCUCAACUUCUCUCUUGGACAGCGGCAGCUGAUUGCGCUUGCCCGAGCACUUCUUCGCAACACGCGUAUUGUGCUGGUGGACGAAGGGACAAGUAGUGUUGAUCCUGAGACAGACGCACUUGUGCAAGAGACACUGGCGACUGGUUUGGAAGGUAAGACGCUGAUUGCCAUUGCACACCGUCUUCGUACCGUGAUCCAGUACGAUCGAGUGUGCGUCAUGGAUAAGGGUAAGAUUGUUGAGCUGGGGCCGCCGUUGGGGUUAUGGGAACAGGGGGGAAUUUUCAGGGCCAUGUGUGAUAGCAAUGGCAUUACGCGGGAGAUGUUCACGAGUGUCUAG